AUGUCUACCACGUUCCCUUCCUUUACCCCAAAAACUUUGGACCCUCUAUGGUUCAGUAUGGGUGAUUCUGUUGUGGAUGAGUUUGAACUCAGCUUUUUGGAGAAGAAAUACGCAAAAUGGAUACGAGGCGCCGUGGAAAAAGACAAGGAUACUCACUUUAUUGGGAAAAAACCUGAAACAGUAUACAAGCUAAGUUUGAAGUAUCUUCAGACACUAACGGAGGGAGAAGGGGAAGCAGAAUCGGAUGAAAGUGAGGAGGAAGAAGAAACGGGAAACCGGUUCCCGGAUUCUCCUGAGGAGCAAAACCCUGGGAUUGAGGAUCAAGAUAUCACCCUUGAAACAACAGAUGAUGGAAAUGAUAACAACCCAUGGGUUGUAUAA